AUGCCAGUUUACGAGGUUGAGGUUGACACGCUGCUGUUCGACAUGGAUGGUACUCUUAUCAGCUCUACGGCUGCCCUGAGCGCCGUCUGGGUUGAGUUCGCUCAGCAGUACGGCAUGGACCUGGACGAUCUCUUGCACAACUCGCACGGUAAGCGUACCGUGGAGAACCUGCAGGAGCGUCUUCCUCACCUCUCGCCGGAAGAGGCCCAGUCUGAGGCUGUUCGCUUCGAGGACCGCAUCACUGUGAUCUCGGACGAGAACCGCAAGAAGGCCACCUCGGAGCCGACCGCUGCGAACCCGCAGGGCACCAUUGUCGGUCUCCCGGGUGUGAAGGAGCUUCUGUCUCAGAUCAACGAGGGCUCGAAGGCGCAGCCUGGCCGUCGUCCUGGUUGGGCGAUUGUCACCAGCGCUACGGGCGACUACGCCCGCAAGGCCUUCUUGUCGACCAAGUCGUCGGAUGCCCCGGAGGUCUUCGUUUCGGCGGACGAUGUUACGGCUGGCAAGCCUGACCCGCAGCCUUACAAGAAGGGUGCGGACCUGAGCAAGGUGGACAUCACCAAGUGCAUUGUCGUUGAGGACGCCCCGGCUGGUGUGCUUAGCGGUAAGCGCGCUGGUGCUCGUGUGCUCGGUCUCAAGACGACCCACGAUGCCAAGCGCCUCUGGUUGCAGGGUGCUGACUUUGUUGUCGAUGACCUCAGCAAGGUCAGUGCUCGCUGGGAGGGCGACAAGAUUAUCCUCACGAUUGACUCGGAGGAGCGCCCGUCUCUGGAGUAA